UCGUACGUCUCGGGAAGAAACAUGGCGGCAGUGACAAGUUGGUGACAAUUUGAUAUGGGAUGGGCGUCGCGUUGAACGAGAGUAGCACUUUUUUCUCCCGUAGUAAUGAUAAUGAAUGGUGAUAACGCGGCGUAUAAACAUGGCGAUCAUUUGAUACUAGAGUCGUCCUCCGGUCUAGGCGAGUCGCGAAUCCUACCGCUGUCGUUGCUGUUGUUGCUGCCGUCACUACCGCCGCCGCCGCCGUCGUAAUCAUCAUCAUCAUCAUCAUCGCCGUCGUUGUUGUUUCUGUUGCUGACGAUCGCGCAGGGCUAGUGCAUCGUAUCUUUGUCGUGUAUACGCUCGAACGAAGGCGCAUCGGCAAAAAUAUCUCGCGCGAACGUGUCGGCCGACGUUACAAACGAGUCCGGAGAUAGUGCGGCAGUAUCUUGGGGAGACACCUCGCGCGUGUCAAAAUGGCCCGGGAAUACGACCACUUAUUCAAGCUGCUCAUCAUAGGGGACAGCGGUGUAGGCAAAAGCUCAUUGCUUCUGAGAUUCGCCGACAAUACCUUCAAUGGCAGUUAUAUAACAACGAUAGGAGUGGACUUUAAGAUACAAACUGUGGAGGUAGAUGGUGAGAGAGUAAAGCUGCAAAUUUGGGAUACGGCCGGGCAGGAACGUUUCCGGACAAUAACCUCAACUUACUAUAGGGGAACGCACGGCGUCAUAGUUGUCUACGACGUGACCAGCGGUGAUACGUUUGCGAACGUUAAACGAUGGUUACACGAAAUCGAACAGAAUUGUGAUGUGGUUAACAGGGUACUCGUAGGAAAUAAGAACGACGCACCUAAUCAGAAGGUAGUGUUAACGGAGGACGCACAAAGAUUUGCCAAUCAAAUGGGAAUUCAGUUGUUCGAGACUUCCGCCAAGGACAACAUCAAUGUCGAAGAGAUGUUCAUGGCGAUAACACGGCAAGUAUUACGGACCAAAAAGGAGAGCAAGGAGCGGCAAGCCAUACAGCCCAACGAUACCGUCAACCUGAGGAAAAGCACAAGACAGCACAGGAAAAAAUGUUGUUAGCGACGUUGUAUAAGCAUGCCACAAUAUUCACAAUAUUAUUUGAUACAAUGAUAGGACAGAAUAAAACAGAGAGCAUAUGUUAGUACCAGAGUGGACAUGAAACGCCGGAUAUUUUUUAAUAUCAAUAAGUUUUGUAUUCUAAAUACGAUACCUAAGAACGUAUCCUAACUGAGGAAUAUACUUUCGAGAUGUUAGUAUUCUAUUUAACAAUUGUAUAUUUAACAAUUGUAGAGUCGAGAUACCGUGCGCGCGCGUAGGGUUUAUUUAGUGAGAACGGCAUUCCUUUGAUGUGUCAAAUAUUUUCGCAUACUACAGUCAAGAACAAAGGCCUAUUAUUCAUUUAUAAUCAUUUAUGGAAGGGUAACUCGCACACAUCGCACAUGCAAAAUCCUAAAAGCCGUUGUCUCUCACACACACAUACACACACACACACAUAUAUAUAUAUACACGUGUAAUUGGAGUAUCAGACGAAAUAUUUUAAUGAUAAUGUUUUUAAUUAACGAUCACUGCUACAAAUAUCUUCCGCUAAUUGCUUUUAAGGUGUACCAGUGUCAUUUUGAUCAUGAUGUAAAAUUCUGCUGCGUUCAAUGAUGAGUUACCAUAUUUUAAAUAAAUUUUGUUUAAAGCGUAGGAUUAAAGAGAGUUUUUGGAGCAAAGGAGCGACAGAUAUUGUUAACUGGUCUAAAUAAUUCUUAGGACAUUUUAAUAAAAUUAAGGUUCCUGCGGUUUGAAGACGCUCUUUCGGUCCCUCACAAAAAUUUAAUCUGACGUAAACAGUGGAAAGUAUCAACAUUAUACAGUGACGCUUUACAACUGAUAUACGAGCGAAACACCGUGUGUUGUAUGACUGCAUACUAUUUGAAAGCGACAAAAACUGCUUCUCAUACGCGUCAAAUUUAAUACAUACACUUCUUACCGCAUUCAGAAGACUGUAAAACACGACUUUAUGAACGAAUCAAUGUGAUUUAUAAAAUUUACAGUGUACACAUUUAAAAUUUGUCAAUUUGUAAUAUUUUAAAAUUGGCUAUGAGUCUUAAGUAUACGUUGUGUAUACAAUACCACUGAGUUUCAAAACGGCUGGAACUAUCUUCCUUUUUUUUUCUUCGACGCAGUGAAAGCUUCCUUUGGAAUGCAGCGCAUAGCCCGACGAGAGAACUUUUGGGAAUUAAAAACGCAUAAUUUCAUUGGGCAAUCAGCCGCGUUUCAAACUGCAUUGCGAAACAAGCGUUCGAGCCGUCUUGAAAACAAGUCUACGUGAAACAAUGGAUUUGGAAAGGAUGUAUUUAAAAGGAAUUUUAAAUACUGAUAUAAAAUUUUGUGUCCAAUAAUAUUCUCUCCGAGAAUCUCACAAGAACGACGAACUUCCCAACGAGUACAACUGCAUGCAUACGUUAAUUCCGAGAUAUCGGGGAGUGUAUAUAUACAUAUAUACAUACAUAUAUAUAUAUAUAUAUAUAUAUAUACACACACACAUUUAUACACAGUAUUUAGUCCCGAAUUAAUAAAAUAUAAGACACAUAGUAUUAUCAUACUUUUUAAUUUUGUACACGGUCUAACAUAUCUCUAUACAUUAGCACGGCUCUGCGACGAAGAACAAAAGCGAGAAGCUUGUAUUCUUUGUGCGUCCGAAUUUUUAUACAUUUACUCAUACGCGCAAGUAUUUUAAAUUGUCCGUGCACCCGCGACGAACACACACAACACGUACGUGUAUACACACACAUACAUACGUACAUACACACACGACUCGCACAUUUAUUGCAGAAGGGUAGAUAGCAAGACGAAAUUGUAACGAUCGGUCAUGUCCAACUAUGACAGAAGCUGUCUGUAUUAAUCUGUGAUAAUAGUUAAGAUAUGUCGCCGGCUGCCACUGUAAUACCGCUGCGUGUAUCUAUCUACCAAUCCUCCUGGUCCUAUUGUAAUUACUAUCAUCAUUGUUUCUCACAUCUCCCUCCCUUUUCUCUCUCUCCCUCUUUCCCUCUCUUUCUUUCUCCUCAAUCCUUUAUCUCUUUUGUUCACGCUCUCUUUCUCUGUCUACUUUUUUCUUUUCUUUAGUGUCAAUCAUAUAUCUCCUUUAGAGGCAAUAAAGCGACAUCCUACAAUGUGUACAUAUUUUACUUGCCAGUUUUAGUGGCAUACUCACGAGUAUUUCAAUCAAGCAUAUUCAAUCAUGUUUACUGUUAUACAGUUAUAACGUUGUAAUAUUAUUAUACAUACGUACGAGACCGAGAUAAAUAAAUAGAGAUCAACAUGUAUGUGUCAAAACAA